AUGACCUCUUCUGAAAUAAAAUCGUUACUCUCGUUUCGUCUCUCUUCUAGUCACACCACUUUCAACAUUCUUGAUUUCACCAUCUUGGAUUCAAUGGCUACAGUGAGAAGUCUGAAAAUUAAGACGAGUACAUGCAAACGACUUGUGAAGGAGCUAGAUUCUUAUGAAAAGGAAGUUCUUAGAGAAUCUGCCAAAACAGCUGAUAUGAAGGACAAAGGAGCUGACCCUUAUGAUAUCAAACAACAGGAAAAUGUGCUGGCUGAGUCUAGGAUGAUGGUUCCUGACUCUCGGAAGCGUCUGGAGGCUGCUUUGGAAGAGUUGAAAGGAACACUGGCUGCGUUGUUGGAGGUAACAGAUGAAAAGGAAGGCACUGAAAUUGAUGAUGCUCUAAACACCAUUGUGGAAGUUGAACAGGUAUUAGAAACUUAG